GACCGCCGAUAUAUGAUCACCGUCGUGUACACUCUCGAUUCGAUACCCCGACAACGAAGCCGAGAUGCCUGCCCCGACCGCCCUUGCAAAGGCGAGCACCGAUGCUCCGCCAGAUAACGUCCCGCUCCCAGAACCCGACCAAGACGAAGAACUCCUGCUCGAUGCCCCCGACGCAGUGCCAUCAGACCCCAAUGCUUUUCAACCAGCAUCGAACGAGGCGGAGGAUACCGAAAUGGCCGUUGAUGAGGAGGGGCGGCCGAGAUUCGCACCCGGGAAGGAUGUGGAACCCAUUCGGAGGUCAGAGACAAGAAAAGUGCCCGUCCCGCCGCACAGGAUGGCUCCCUUGAAGGCGAGCUGGCCGAAGAUCUACUCGCCGCUGGUCCAGCACCUGAAACUGCAGGUCCGCAUGAACACAAAAUCCAAGUGCGUGGAGCUCCGCACCAGCAGGUCUACCGACUCGCCCGCGGCGCUGCAGACCGGCGUCGAUUUCGUCCACGCCUUCGCGCUCGGCUUCGACGUCGACGACGCCGUCGCCCUUCUCCGGGUCGACGAUCUCUACAUCGAGACGUUCGAGAUCAAGGACGUCAAGACUCUGGGCAACGAGCAUCUUGGGAGAGCGAUCGGACGUAUCGCUGGCAAGGACGGGAAGACCAAGUUCGCAAUCGAAAACGCCAGCAGGACGAGAAUAGUACUCGCCGACUCCAAGAUCUCAAUACUGGGAUCUUUCAAAAAUAUUCACAUGGCCAGGGAGAGCAUUGUGAGCCUCAUCCUUGGCAAGCCGCCUGGGAAGGUCUAUAAUUCUCUGCGGACAGUGAGUGCGAGGAUGAAGGAGCGUUUCUGAACAGCGUCAGGUUGAAGAGAUGGAGAUAAGGCUUGGGAUGUGUGCUCAAUAGAACAGGGAGCACUGCGGCGUUGGGAUGUUCUACUUCUAUUACUUCGUAGUACGGCAUGAGACAUGACUUGGCUGCUCCCAAUCUAGUUACCUGGCUGGUAUCAUGAAAUCGGAACAGGUCACACACCUUCAUAAAUCGGACUGACGGGCCAUGGAUCGUACGUGACUCCUAUUUGCAUUUAGAUGCGUAUCUCAGUAUCUCAUAUUCAUAGCGGGGGUAUCUUUAUUCAACGACAAACCGGCAAUUCCAUCCAAAGUGGUCCAACAACGCCAACAUCUUAAUCAUCCAUCGGCCAC